AUGCCGCCCGCCCAGGCCGGCCGAGCCGGGACAACGGAAGGGCCUGGCGCUGACACCACCCCCGGGCCACAAUGCCCCGCGCGGCCGCCACCCCCGCCGGUUAUGCAACCUCCGCCUUCCCAGCGCCCUUUGCGAGCGGCCACUCCCGGAGAAGCCGCUCUCUAUGGUUCAUCGGAGAGGCCUUGGGAACGGGCCUGUGAUCAUGUGACCCCCCCGUCCUGUCCAAGAUGGCGUCCUCCAUACUGGCGGGGGAGCGGCUGGUGCGGGCGGCGGCCUCUGCCAGCGGGGAGCUUGGGCGGCUUCCCCGCGAGCUGCGGGCGGAGCUGGAGGCCGCUUUGGGGGCCCAGGCCGCCGGGCGCGGCCCCCUCGUCCCCUUCAGCCUGCUCCGGAAGCUGCAGGGCGCCCUGCGCCAGGCAGAACCCAGAGCUGGUGGCCCGUCUGGAGAAGAUAAAGGCUAAGCUAGCCAAUGAGGAAUACAAGCGGAUAACAAGAAACAUCAACUGCCAGGAACUGAACCGGUACGGGACUCUGGCUGACUUGGGAAGGCAAGUUAGGUCCAUGAAAGCAGUGGUCAUCACCAUAUUCAACUUCAUUGUCACAGUGGUGGCUGCAUUUGCCUGCACAUACCUGGGCAGCCAGUACAUCUUCACAGAAAUGGCAGCGCGUGUGCUGUCAGCUGUGAUCGUGGCCUCAGUGGUGGGCUUGGCUGAACUGUACGUGAUGGUGCGGACCAUGGAAGGGGAGCUCGGAGGAUUGUAGUCAGGAGGCUUUCACUUAGACUGUGAUCCUUAUGCUGGAGGUCUUUUCCUCCCCUGUGGGUUAUUAAUUUGUUCACAGGUAUGUUUGGCUUUGGUCCAUUGGGUCCCUGUGCCUACUGCAGUUUCCUCACACCAUGUCCCUUAUUCCUGCCACGUUUGAAAUGAAUCACCAGAUGCACUGAACGGGGACCUUGUGGCAUGGAACAGAAGAGUCAGCAGCAUCGGGAGGUUUCAAAUCCAAGAAUGGUCCAGGGAGGAGUGGGGGGAUCUUCUAGCUCUGAAGUUGCUGUCCCUUGUUCAAAAUAAAUGGGUUCUGUGUGCAUUAGAAUUACCUUCCUCCUGCCUGAAGGCAGAAUCCUAGGGCGGAGAUGCUGCAUGUGAAAUGCCUACACUGUGUACCUGGGCAGCCUGGGUGUGUCUCUGCCCUCUUUAUCCCAACCCCUACUCCAUUGCUUCUAUAGAAGCCAUUACACUUGGUUUCUUUAAUGCUCUUCCAUUCCUGCAUGGUGCACUAGCCAGGCUGUUUUAGGGUAAAGCACAGUUUGUACAGGGCAUGAGCCCUGCCUGCUCUUGACUGAAGCAGUGGGUGCCUCACCCAGGCCCUGUGCUCAUGGCAGUGCAUUUUCUCCCCCCUGCAGACAGCUGCUCCCCUGGAGAAUGAGGGCACCUACUCCCACACUGUUCCUCCCAUACUGGGACAUUUCCUAACUCAGAAGGUGUUGCAGCCAAUACAGGGAAUUCUUUAUCUGUUAAGAUGAGGUCUAAUAGAGAAACUGACUGCAGAUCUAAAAAUUAAUGAUAGUUUAGGUACAAGUGAUUAUGACUUAUGUGCAGUGUGAAUAAAGUCUAGACCAGUAAUAUAGAUACAUGUGCUACUUUAAUAAGGCCAGUUUCACAAAGCCAAAAACAAUUGGGCCAAAUGAGCUGGGAGGGAUGACUUAAGCAGAAAAAUGUAAAUGAUAAUUGGAAAACAUUUAACACCUUACUAGAUGCCCAAAAAGAUGCAAGCAAGGAAGAAAGAUGUAUUGAUUAAAAACAGACUUUGUUUAGAGGGGAAAGGAAGGCAGCUAUAAAAAAAAAAUGUGUAACAAAUGAAAGAAAAGGGGGAGUGGAUAGGGACAAGUCACAAGUUGGAAAUUGUAGAAAACGUAUAAGGGAAGCAUAUGGACAUAAGGAGAAAUCUAUAGCCAGCAGAAUUAAGAAGGAGUUUUAAAAAUAUAUUAGGAACAAAAGCAAUCAUGAUAAUGGUAUUGGUCCAUUACUAGCUGGAAAUGGUAGAAUCAUCACUCAUCAGAAAAGGCAGAAGUGUUCAAUAAAUAUUUCUGUUCUGUAUUUAGGGAAAGACAGAUGAUAUAGUCUCAUUGUAUGGUGAUAACUCCAGUCCACUAGUUGGGCAUUUUUAAAUCAGCAGGUUCAGAUAACUUGCAACCAUGAUUUUUAAAGAGCUGGGUGAGGAGCUUCCCAGGCCACUAAUGUUGGUUAUCAGUGAGUUCUGGGGAAGUUCCAGGAGAUUGGAAACAAGCUAAUAUUGUGCCAAUUUCUAAAAAAGGCAAACGGAAUCACCUGGGUCAUUAUAGGCCUGUCAGCCCGACACUGAUCUUAGGGAAGAUAAUGGAGCCGGUGAUACAAGAGUUGAUUAAUCAAGAAUUAAAGGAAGGUAAUGUAAUUAAUGCAAAUCAUCAUGGGUUUACGGAAAACAGAUGCUGUCAAACUAACUAGUAAUCUCAUCAAAAAAUAUCUGGCUGAUAAAGGUAUUAUGGACUUGGACUUUCAGAAAACCUUUGACAAGGUCCCUCACCAAAGGCUCUUAAGCAAAGUAAGCUGUGCUGGGACAAGAGGGGAUGUCCUCUUGUGGAUCAGUAACUGGUUAAAAGAAAGGAAACAAAGAGUAGGAAUAAAUGGUUAGUUUUCACACAGGAAAAAGGUAAAUCAUGGGGUCCCCCACGAAUCUACACUGGGACCAGGGCUGGUCAGCAUAUUUAUAAGUGAUCUGGAAAACUGGGUGAACAGUGAAGUGGAAACAUUUGCAGAUGACACUGAACUACUCAAGAUAGUUAAGUCCAAAGCAGACUGUGAAGAGUUACAAAGGGAUCUUAAUAAACUGGGUGGGGUUUAAAUUACCUAUUACCACUUAAGAAAGAUCUUGGAAUCAUUAUGGAUGGUUCUCUGAAUACAUCUUGUCAAUUUGCAGCUGCAGACAAAAAAGCUAACAGUGUUAGAAACCAUUAGGAAGGGAAUAGAUGAUAAAACCAAAUAUCACAAUGCCACUAUAUAAAUCCAUGGUACUCCCACACCUUAAAUAAUGCAUGCAGUUCUGGUUGCCCCCUCUCAAGAUAUAUUAAUUGGCAAAGGGACAGAGCAGGGCAACAAGAAUUCACUAUGGUGAGAAACCUACGUGGACAAAGAUUGUAAAUUGCUAACAUUAAGUUUUAGUCACUAGAAAGCCUGUUUUACUUGUAAUCAACCUGUGUCUUCUAUUCUUCUCUCUUAAACCUACCUUCUUCGUUA